CGGAAAUUCAGACGGCCGAAGAAUGCCUAGAACUCCGGACUGCAUUUGCAAAAUGCAGACUUGCAUCCACCGCCGAUAUGUUUCGCUUAUCGGAUGCUCAUGGAAAUGGUUUACCGAUCAGCAAGUGCUCUGUUGGUUUGCUUGCUAGAAGUGUAAUCCAUAUGCUUGCCACCUUCAUCAUCACUGCAGAUCAUCUCCAGUAUGCCCUGAUGAGAACAGUGAUAAGCCUUUGCUCACUCAAUCUUCCGCCCUCAGCUCUGGCACGAAGUUCCCUUUACAUUGGCAUGUAUGGAACCCGGGCUUUGCAAUUCUGCACAGUGCUUUGUAGAUGGGGUUGCCUUUUCCUGUCGUCCCGUCAUACGCGAGAUAUUGGCACCAACGUUCUUCCUAUCCUGCUACUGCUGGGGUCUCGUCUGAUGUCGUCAAGAUGGAUCCUGCAGUCAGGAAUACAUCUACCCCGUACUCCGCAUCCCACGCUCAAGGAGGAUCGUCCCACAUAGGAUUGUACGUAAGAGGUUGCGAGGAUCAUCAGUGUGGUUGGUUAGAGCGCAUGACGAUAUUAUCUCGGAAUCAACGGAGAAGGUAGUUGGAGACGAUGUGUCAAGGAAUCUCGGAGAGUCAGGCUGUCAACUUUGCUGUACUGGAGAAGAUGGAUCUCACGACUACAUCAUAUUGGAGUAUGGCAAACCGAGCCCCUUUAGUUAUACCGCUGCGUACAAAUGAGGUUCCUGGCUUGCAGAUUGUCCAAGAUCUGUUGAGUGCUUCAUACUUGAGCUUGAAGUGGUAAGUUCGCUACUUUAAC